GGGGGGCCGGAGAACGGGGGCCGGGCGGGGACAGGGGCCCCUGCGUAGCUGGACCGCGAGCCCGCGCCCAGCCUGCGCCGCCCCCACCCGGCCCCGGUCCGUCCGCCCGGCCCGACCCCAUCCCAUCCGUUCCUGGUCUCCUCCCGAUCCGACCGGUUGCCCGGCUGUGGCGCGCCACAUCUGGCUUCCAAAGCUGGGCUUCUCCUCCAGUCCAGGCUCGCUUUCGUUUUAGAGAUGUCUGGCCUCUUUCCCAACCGGCCCGCCUUCAAAACCGGGACCUGGCACCUGGCAGCUGGCUUCCCUUCUCUCUACUAAGACUCCACUUGCCUCUACCCCACUUCUUCCUCCGAGUCUUCGUUCCCCCUGGUUGGAGACUGCUCACUUCCUUUCCAGAUCAAUCCCUGACCCCUCCCUAAACAUUGACAACCUUGACGAGCCCCUCAGCUGAGGAGCCAGACUUCAAUUGGACGCGCCUCCACAGCGCUGUCAUGGAGGCUGUGUACCUGGUAGUGAACGGGGUGGGCCUGAUGCUGGACGUGCUGACCUUGGUGUUGGACCUCAACUUCCUGCUGGUGUCCUCCCUCCUGGCUUCCCUGGCCUGGCUCCUGGCCUUCAUCUACAACCUGCCACACACGGUACUGACGAGUCUUCUGCAUUUGGGCCGUGGAGUCCUGCUUUCACUGCUGGCCUUGAUCGAAGCCUUGGUCCGGCUCACCUUUGGGGGCUUGCAGGCCUUGUGCACCCUACUCUACAGCUGCUGCUCAGGCCUGGAGAGCCUGAAGCUCCUGGGACACCUGGCCUCUCAUGGGGCACUGCGGAGCCGGGAGAUACUGCACCGAGGCAUCCUCAAUGUGGUCUCCAAUGGCCACGCUUUGCUGCGCCAGGCCUGUGACAUCUGUGCCAUCGCCAUGAGCCUGGUGGCCUAUGUGAUCAACAGCCUGGUCAACAUCUGCCUCAUUGGCACUCAGAAUCUCUUCUCCCUGGUGCUGGCCCUGUGGGAUGCAGUGACAGGGCCUCUGUGGAGGAUGACAGAUGUGGUGGCCGCCUUCCUAGCACACAUUUCCAGCAGUGCUGUGGCCAUGGCCAUCCUCCUUUGGACUCCCUGCCAGCUAGCCCUGGAGCUGUUGGCCUCAACCGCUCGCCUCCUGGCCAGCUUUGUGCUUGUCAAUCUCACCGGCCUGGUGUUGCUAGCCUGCGUGCUGGCAGUGACGGUGACUGUAUUGCACCCAGACCUCACCCUGAGGCUGGCUACCCGGGCACUCAGUCAGCUUCAUGCCAGGCCGUCCUACCACCGUCUCCGAGAGGACAUCGUGCGGCUGUCUCGCCUGGCACUGGGCGUGGAGGCCUGGCGCCGAAUCUGGAGUCGCAGCCUGCAGCUGGCAAGCUGGCCAAACCGGGGAGGGGCACCCGGAGCCCCUCAGGGUGGCCCUCGGAGGAUGUUCACAGUCAGGACCCAGGGACAGGACAUUCCUCCUGAAGCAGGGCCCAGGUCAGAGGCAGAAGAGGAGGAGGUCAGGACCAUCAGAGCAUCAGCUGCUCGGGGCCGUGAGAGGCUCAAUGAGGAGGACCCUGUGGCUGGGCAAGACCCCUGGAAGUUGCUGAAGGAGCAGGAGGAGCGGAAGAAGUGUGUCAUCUGCCAGGACCAGAGCAAGACAGUCCUGCUCCUGCCUUGCCGGCACCUGUGUCUGUGCCAGGCCUGCACCGAAAUUCUCAUGCGCCACCCCGUCUGCCACCGCAACUGUCCGCUCUGCCGUCGGAGCAUCCUGCAGACCCUCAAUGUCUACCUCUGAAGACUCCCUGACCCUGCCUGCUCACCCCGCCACGCUCCACACAGGCACCUGCACUAGGGCAGCAUUAACACCUCAUCUUUGGGGCCUGGCCUGAAUCCUUUCUUGCCCUCAUGGGCAUGACUGACAUGCCAAGCCUCCAAGCCAUAAAUCCAGGACAUGAAGAUUGCGUACUCCAGAAGACAAUGAUCUGGGUGGGGGCAGGUCCCGUAGUUUCUCCUUCCCCAGCAGGUCCCUCAGAUGCUGAGGGUGGUGAGUAUGUACUAUGCAAGGGCCUUGGGACUGUUGAGGUCUCUUCUGUCUGCCCAGGGACCACAGACGCCAGCCCUGGGGCUACCCCUCUGUGCUUCUGCAUCCUCCUGCUCCCUCCCCAGCUUCUGCAGCCGCAACACAUCAGUGUCCAUUGGUGUUUUGGCAACUCAAGGGCCUUGGAGUAAUCUUGAACCUUCGUGUUCGGCUAGAGCCCCAGCACCCUGGAAGGACAUGGGGUUAGCCUCUCAGGUGCCCUUAGAGCCACGGCUGCCUGUCACGACCUUCUGUGGCUCCCUUUCAACCUGAUCCAAAAACUGGGUCUGGAGUUUGCCCCCAGCGGGGUGUGUGCACCUGCACUUGGCUUUGGGACCAUGUGCCCUCUGGCCUCCCCAUUCCACAGGGAGCUGUAGGAGCAAUAACCAGAUUUCGGUUUUCACCUCUCCCCACUUCACAUAGAAACCUGCAUUCCUCUUUUGUCUGUUUCCCCCUGGCACCAGGGAAGGCAGACUGCACAGUUCACUAGGGUCCAAACACAGGUGGGGCCAGGGCCCAGGGGCACGCAGCUCCUGGGGACCCCUCCCCCCCGGCCAUUUCCAAGGAAUAAAGUUGUGUUGACAGCUC